AUAUCAAAGACUCUCUGAUGCAGGCGCUGGCCAGCUAUGUCUGCUACCCACAAUCCCUCAGGGCGGUGGAGAGGAUCCCAGAGGAGCAGCGAGUGGCGAUGAUGAGGAACCUUCUGGCUCCAUACGAGCAGAGACCCUGGGCUCAGACCAACUGGAUUCUGGUCCGACUGUGGAGGGGCUGUGGCUUUGGCUACAGAUACACUCGUCUUCCUCACCUGCUGAAGACCAAACCUGAAGAUGCCAACCUGCCCAGCCUGCAGA